UUUUUAAGGAAAGCAAAAAGCACGUGCGAGAGAAGGAAAUUAGGACCCGUCUGGUGCCAAAGGUUGAAGGCAAAUGAUUAGUUACAGCCAAGCACGUUUGUGUUGACCCAGUGUCUCUCACAGAGGCCUUGUAGAUACAAGAAGAAUAAGGGUGAGGAAGCAAUGAAAACCUCGCAGACUAAGGACAGUGAGUAGUUGGAAGCAGGAGAUUUGCUUCUCCUGGGUUCCCCUGGGCAAGUGGAGUGAAUCCAGCAGAGGCCACAGAGAUGGCAACCUGUGCUGACCCUGGAGGUAGCCAGACAGUCUCCAAAGUUCCCUCAGGAUUAUGCUGUGAGGGACAGCGCAAGGACACCCUAAGGAGGAGUAUCAAGAGCUCUCUGUUCCCUGUGGAUCCCUCAGUGGCAUGUGUGGACCUUUUGGCUGGGGAGGCUCUGAACCCACCUCCCCAAGGGAAAAGAAACACGAGUUCUUUGUGGACAUGACCUGUGAAGGCUGCUCCAAGGCGGUCACCCGUGUCCUGGACAGGCUGGGAGGUGUCCAGUUUGAUAUUGACCUGCCCAACAAGAAGGUGUUCAUCGACUCGGAGCACAACGUUGACACCCUGUUGGAAACCCUGAAGAAGACUGGAAAGAACACUUCCUACCUCGGGGAGAAGUCUGCACAGUAGCCUUGCCUGGUGUGAGGAGGAACUCAAACAUGGCUUCAGCAAAAAGAUGGCUUAACUGUUUGCAUGUCUCCCAGCUUGCUGUGUCAUUUGACCUGUGCCAGAUGUCAGAAAGCAGAAGGCUGGCAGGAGGAGGCAGCUGCAUCUUGGGCUUUAGAAAUCCAGAGGAGGAGGUUAUGUUUUCUUUCUAGUCCCACAGUAAAUUGAGGCACUGCUUUUAACUUUCA